UGUAAUACUGGGCUUUCUCUGGUUCUCCUGCACAAGUGGACUGGGGCCGCCACUGCUCCAGAGUCUUUAAAACCCCACUUCUUAUGGUCUUGAUCAUCAUUCUCUAUCGUCUCCAUGACGCGUAAUAAUAACCCAAAUGGAAAUGUCAAUAUACGGCUCCAUCCGUAAGUAGAUGUUGCUUCAUGUCGCCACCCACACGAUCAACUUUUCUUCAGCUCAAGGUAGUCUCAUCCUGGUAGUUUUGAGUUUUCAUAAGGCAAGUUCGCACCGCCCUCUUGUGGACCGGACGGUCCCAGCGAGUUUCGCGGUAAGAUCAAAGGCAUUUAGGCUACUAAUGUAUAUUAGAGAGGACCCACUUGUAAAUUGUUCGAUUCAACAUACACACUCGUUCUAUUUUGAACGUGAGGCAUUUUCCCGCGAUGGUUACCAUUAUUUUUAUGGUUUUGGUGCCAUUAGGAGCAGCACCAAUGGGCGCCUGAUGAUGAAUGGUCACGUCUGGCCGCAGAAAAACGGAUGACCCUUGCGCCAACACGUUACACUAGCCAGCAU